CUCCUCCCCCGGCCCCGCCCCCGCCGCGCCCGCCCCGAGCGCCCCCUCCGGCGCGCUGGUGCUCACUGUGGCCUCUGGGCCCCUCCGCCCCGUCGCCACCAUGCGGGCCUGGCGCGUGGCCUUCGUCGCCGUCUGUCUGUCCGUGUCCUUGGCCGCGGUGGUCCCGAGAGCAUCUGCGGACUCCAGUGAUGACUUCAGGUCCAGGAAUGCAGUGAAGGGCCCCUCUUCCGUGAGGCAAAGACGAGACCUUUUUGGAACCACAACUCGGAGACCAGCCGCAACCAGAGCUCCGGCAAAGCCUGCGGGUUUAGAUUUCGAUUUGGCUGAUGCCUUGGAUGAUACCAGUGAUAACCAGAAGAAGCCAAGCAUGGGGGCAGGAGGAGGAGGAUUUUCAGACAAGGAUCUUGAGGACAUUCUGGGCGAUAACUACAAGCCGGACAAGGGUAAAGGCGACGGCCGCUCCAGCAGUGAAGACAGCCCCGAAUCCGGAAUGCCAGCCGAGACGGGCACCAUCGCGGGGGUGGCCAGCGCACUGGCCAUGGCGUUGGUGGGCGCCAUCUCCAGCUACAUCUCCUACCAGCAGAAGAAGUUCUGCUUCAGUAUCCAGCAUGCAGCCGAAGGUUCAGAGGGUGUCAAUGCUGACUAUGUGAAGGGCGAGCACCUGGAAGCCGUGGUGUGUGAGGAGCCCCAAGUGAAAUUCAGCGAGGUGCAGGCCUCCGCGCCACCCCAGCCCCGGAUCUGAGCCCUGUCGCCGUGUCCCCUGCUCCUGUGAUGGCUUCGGCUUUUCCUGCCCCCACGCGUGACCGAAGAGCGGGCUGCCCGCACCAGCCUGGCCCACGGAUUCCCGCUGCCCUCCGUCACUUUCUCCCUGCCCUUAGCAAGCACGAAUGUGAAUCCAAGUCGCUGUGAGCCCCCCACUAUGACCGCCUCCUGCCCCUGGGUGCCCCCAGUAGUGACUGCACAGAGGCCAGGGGGUGGGGGUGCGGGUUCGUUCAGAGUAGUCACCAGUUCCUGCUCGGUGCCAGAGCCAGACCCCGGGCCCCCCGGUUGGGUGUCAGCAUCUCUGCAGCCAAUGACCGUGUUCCUGCUGGCGUGAUGGGUGUGCCCGCAUGCUCUCGGAUCACAGGCCCCUAGGCACUCGGCCCUGCCCAGCGGGUGGCAUGACCAGGCACUUCUGGAGGCAGAACCUGGACGAGCAGGGUCCCAACUGCAAGGCUCAUGGGACUGCGCGUUAGGGGCGGCCCUGGAGCACACGGGCUGCCACGGCUGAAGUCAGAUCACUCACGACAUCGAACGUGCCGCGUGUCCCAUUAAAUGAAGUGUGUUAACGUGU